CUCUCACUGUAAAUGCUCCAGAGUUUGUUCCUAAACCACCUAGAAAUACUGAACUUAAUUCUACAGAACCAGAUAGAUUUUUGCCAUCCAGUUCCCAUUAUAAUGAUUGGUCAAAGAUUUCAAUGUUCAUGCCAUCAUGGACUGAAUCUCAACCUACUAGUUUACUGGACACACCAAAUGUUGAAGUAGAGAUGGCAACAAGUGGCACUAGUGUAGAAUUUGGAGACACUGACGUCAAUCAUACAACCUUUAAAAUUCUUAUCGCUACACCUAGAGAUAUUAACUUUUACUACACGGGAUUAAAUGAAGAAAAGAUUCCUAAUAAGCGAAUGUUGGACAAAAGCAGCAUGACGAAUGAUCACGAUCACAUUGCUAUUGAAACUGUUAGAUGCAAAAAUGAAGAGAAACACUUUAUUGCUUUUAGAAAACUGUUCAAGAAUAUAUCCAAAGUGGAAUUGAGGGAUAUAUUUGACAAAUGUGUAGGCGAUGUAAACUGGGCUGUUGAUAUUGUCCUAGACGGCAUGGCUAAUAAUCAAUUGCACACUAGUACUGGAGACAUUUCGGAUACAGAAGAUUUUGACGACGAACAGUGUGACUGUCUAGCAGCAUACAACAUAAUACCAAACGUUAAUACGCAGCCGAAAGCAACUAUACCCAUUCCAGAUCUAAGCCCAACUGAACUCGCACAAGGAAUAUCAGGACCUAGUACACCGAAAUUGAAAAAAGAGAAGAAUCUUUCGGAAUCCUCUAUACAGUUAAAACGUCAAAUAGAGCAAAACGUAGUUAUAUCUGACAGUCAUUACUCUAACCAUUGCCUUAAAAUAAGGAAAAUGCGCCGCGGUGAAGUGGACGAUGGUCAAGGUGUUUCACAUCCACAAGAAACAGAAGACAGAGAAAGAGACAGUCCUAUAGCUUCCACAUCAACUGCUUCUGAACCUGUAGCGGAGUCUUAUUUGAGUACUGAUGAUGACGAUUCUCAAACCGCUUGCAGUGAUGAUGGCGAAAGAGUUGUCAACGUUGAUUUGGGAGCAGUCUUUAUUUCAGAGCUAGACCACAUGUUUGGCCGGAACGAUAUGCUAUACCCAGAUAACAUACUGACAAGAGUGAACAUGCCAGUUUCCUUGCUAAAUGAAAUUAACGCUCUUUGGAUUGAGUCAUUUAUGUAUCAAUUAGAUGAGCAGUCGCGCCAGUCGGAAAUAAUGCUACGCCAAGAUGAAGAAUUUGCGAGGCAGUUGGCUUUAAAAGAAGAACAAUUGGCUAAAGCGGGGCAAGAACCCGCCGUUCCAGACUUAAAAGACAUUAUGGAUAUGGAACUAGCACUGUCCAUUUAUAAGAAGGAGAUAACGGCAGAAUGGCGCAAUAAUGUGCCUAAUGAUUUGGCCGCUAGAAUGACGAGAGAGAAACUGUACAAUUUGUUCCCUGACGUGAAUCCAGAAAUUCUCUCCGAACUUCUUAUGGCUCAUGACAAUAAUUUUCAAGCCACGGUUGAGGUAUUAUUAUCAUCAACAGGCAAUGCCAAAAUACUGGAAGAAGAAAAUGGUGUAGCAAAAUUUAUAACUACAAAAGAACUAGAACGCCAUGAAAAGUUGAUUGAAGAACAAAAAAAGGCCCUGUCGGAAGUGGAGUGGCCCUUGCUACCUAAAGAUGACAAGGUCGACAUGAACAUGGUACAUGAGUACCGAACCAAAGCCAGCGAACACCUGGAGCAGCGGAAUCUGUACCGACUGCGAGCCGAAAGCUACCUGGCGCGCAACAUGCCUCAAAUCGCCACGUACUACUCCGACGUGGCGGUGUUGCAUAAGAAGAAGUUCGACCACGCCAACAGUUUGGCGGCUGCUUCCCUGAUGCAGGUCCACGCGGCAAAAAACACCGACAAAUCCACAAUCGACCUUCACUUCAUGCGCGUCCUCGAAGCCAAAGAGACACUAGACUUGUUCCUCGACUCCCACAUCCGGAAGUUGCGGGAGUCGCAGACGAAAGGGCCGCGGUUCCACACGUUGUUCUUCAUAACGGGCCGCGGCUUGCACAGUCCGGGCGGGCCGGUGAUCAAACCGGCCACGAAACGGAGGCUUCGUGAGAGGGGCAUAGCAUAUUCUGAACGCAACCCGGGCCUCCUGACAUCGCGAGUGUGCGCCGAGGACAAGCUGACGCACGAGUUCCAAUAGUACGCGCCCGCCCCGCGCCGCGCCGCGCUGCUGCCGUCCUUCCUGUACGUCUACAACCACGUCGUCGGCGAACCGUGCCCUUUCGACCACGGGUUCGUGCAUAUAUCCCUCCUGCUCCCAGGUUUCGUGCUAAAUCACAAUCAGACCGUGUUCAGUUUUUGUGAUGACCCCCCGCUUUUGGUGUGCACUACUAUUAUGCCGAUACCGGGCAGCUGGCUCGCUUUAUCUUAUACUUGGAUAGUUGAACGCAACGGCGACCCGUUUAUUGUUAAUCGUGGACCGUGAGAGAUGCCCCACGUGCUGUGAAUACAAUACAAUUCGUCAUCAAGAGACGAUUCAACUCGAUGCUUGGAAGGUUCAGUAACAAAAUCUCUCGAGGGUUCACAUUUCUUGAAUUAACACAAAGUUUCAAUUUGUAGGUAUAGUCUGCUCCCUCCGCAUUGUCCAGUUUACAAUACAAUGUCGCAUACAUAAAUGCCGUUAGCUUUUUUCAAAAGCAAAUGAAUAAAAGACGAAAAUUAAUAACUAGCAGCUCUGACUCGGCUACGGCGAUGUAUUUUGGUGUUGGAUUGUCAAGUGUCAACGGUUUUAUCGUCUUGACAAUGCCAAGAAACCUUGUAGGUACGGCUUAACAUGUACUAGUUGUCCGUGCUACCACUAAAUAGCAUUUUGGCUAGAGUCGGACCACGCUAAUUAUUCGUGCCAAGAGCUAAGUCUAUAGGGAUAGGGAUAUGCAUGCAUCAUUCCUCCUAUGUUCAUGCAAAGUUAGGGUGGUCAGAGUCUAUUUUAUUACAACUUUUAUCUUGUAGGAAAUAAGAUUUUAAAUGUCGAGUAGUGAUGUCACCCCCGUCCUUAGGUGUUAUAGUAAUGUUGCAAUAUGUUAAUUAAAUGUUGCACACAAAUACCGAAAAUAAGAUAAAACCGCCAUUAAACAAUUUAUUUUUCGUAACUGCAUAUUUUAAAUACUAUCUAAUCUUAAUUAUAAACAAAAAACGUAAAUACACUCAUGGAUACAUUUAGAGGAACGCAAUAACAAAGUUUAGCUACUAAUUUUGAAAUUCAGUGCUGUAAUUCAGUAAUUAAACUUUUUUUGCGUUCCUCUAAAUUUCUCCAUGCUCUAAAAUCGUAUAAAUAUGUUGCCAAUUCACUUUUGUCAAUAACGCGACUAUAUUUAAGACUGAGACUAGGUACAAUGACUUUAACAAAAAUCUAUUUUGAUAAUUGUAGCAUCGACCAUUUACUGACCAAAUCAUUUAGUACAGAAUACAAUAUUUCGGCAUACCUACGUAAAACUAGUCAAUAUAUCAUAAAUCAUAAUCUAUGAUCUUAAGAAUCGAUCUUAGAGGUAUUAUCUACUACAUGUGUAAAUGGAAUACAAUGUCAUAUUUAAGAUUACAUUUUGCUUAAUGAAAGAUUUAGACGCAAUUACAUUGGACAAAGAAUUUGGACAGGUGGAAUACCACCCUAAGGGUCUCCCCAGAUAUAUCGACACGCAUUCGGCAAAAUCCGAUAGGAAAAAGCUUUAUGUCUGCGCAAUAAGAGCGAAAAAGUCGUCGUUAGGCUCGGCUCGCAUCGGCCGGCACCUGCCGACGCGCUCGUAUCGGCCGGCACCUGCCGACGCGCUCGCAUCGGCCGGCACCUGCCGACGCGUCGCGUAUGUGGGGGAACCCUAAAGCGGAUGUUAUCAUCAUUGUAAGAAACACUUCGCUUCUAGACAGGCCGGUUGUAUUCUCAAAUUCUUCAACAGGUCCCCGCGAUUAUGACCUAACGUAGUAGUUGUAAAACAAAUGGAAAAGUACCCGUAUUACAAGUUACAAAUGUUCAUGAAACGGGCCCAGAUCGUUGAUCCAACUGUAAGUAAAAGGUACCGUUAAACCACCAAAUUAUAGUCCAAAAGGUCCCAACUAUGGACCAAAAUGAACUCGAAUAUCUUCGUUCAGCACUUAAAUGUGCAGCAGAUGUCGCGCUAUCGGUAUAUAUCGAGUUGUAUUCCAUUUACAUCCAGAAUUCUAUUUAUAUACAAAUUUUUAAUAGCACUUUUCUAAAAACAUGUUCAACCCUAUAUCAACCUUCGUGCAUUCCGACAAGGUUCACGAUGACGAUUAGUGGUGGCAGCUGGCAGCGUCAUAAUUCAUAUUAAGCAUAGAUAUUUUGUAGUAUUAAAAAUAUUAUUAUAUAUUUUCAAUUCUUAAUUUCCACUAGGUUUUCACUGCCAUAAAAGUAUAGCUGCCAAUUACUUCAUACAAACAAUCGGUUUAUAGUUUGGCCAACCAGGUAUCAUGUACCUCCCGAGCCUACUUUUGUACUGUCCUAUUCAAAGAUUGCGAAAUAGUUGGCCAUACGUAUAUAGGUAGUUAAAUGUAUGAUAUUCUCUAAACAGUUUACAGCUUUUUUAAGAGACGCUAAAAAGACAUUUUCGUUUAUUUCCAUUUAUUAAUUUUAGUUAACUUUAAUUACAUUUAUUUUGAACCUAAGUACACUGCCGCCUAGGGAUUCUUUUAUUGAAGAUUUAACAUUUGUAAAGCCUUAUUUAUAGUUAAAAUCAACGGCAAAGACAUAAUCAGACGCACAAAAUGACAUUUAACUAGACUAUUGUAUAUUGUGACAGUUAAACUAAAUGGCGCUUUGUUGGCCAUGUAUUUGUUGUACAUGAGGGGUAAGGAAACGUAGUUCCAUGCCAUCUAUGUCUCCUGUUGUCCUGAUGGUUUCACCACUUUGUGCGUCUUACACAUUAAUUACUUAUAUUAAGUUACUGUCUAAAUAAUUCACGUUAAAUCAUCCUCCACAUUUUGAAGCUCAGUUAAGUGUUGAUGUUAUUAGUGUUAGUAAGUACAUUGAAAUGAAUGUUGUAGGAAUUCCAAAAUUAUAAAUGUAUUUAGAAGUAGGUGAAUGUUAAUAAAGCACUUUUUUCGGCCUCGCGUAUAGUUAUUGAAAAGGGGAUUGUGCCAUAUUAUGGUCCAUGUUACAUGAGAGAUACUUUUUGUUAAGUAAUAUAGUUUUCUAGUUUCACAGAUAAAUGGUAAAAAUACACACAAAUAGAGCAAUUAUUUUAUUCGUAGCCGUAACGCUCCGGCAACCUAUUACUUUUUUAUUGUGUAAUAUCUAUCGAAAUCUUGGAGUUACCCGCUACAUAACAGAUCUCAUAUACUAAGGGAUAAGUUCGCCUUUAUACCUCACUUUCCGAAUUGUUUUAGGAACCUUAUUUGUGUAUGUCCAACAAUAAAGUUCAUACUUUUAUACAACCUAGAAACCUCAAAAUGUAAGACUUACUAUGUUCGACUUGAUAGCGAUUAGACCAUAUGUUACCGAUUAGCCUUACGAUAUAUUGCUCUACUUUGUGCGUCUUUUUAUUUUUUUCUCUUUGCGUUUAAAACUUCGAAUGUAGGGCUUAGGUGCAAAUAAAGCCUAUCUGCCUACGACACUGAUGAUUCUGGGCUCGAAUUCUGGUAGCGUCUGUGCGGAAAGAGAAGAGUCAUAGAAUGUAUUGGUUCCCUUAUAUUCCACGAUUCGUCUCUUUCCACACAGACGGGUGUUUAUUUGUUGGAAGGGCAUAAUUAUUUGUUCCUAAGUCACGGAUGUUAUCUGCCUAUCUUACAUAUAUCAAAGAUACAUUGAUUGAGUAAUAUGCGUAAAAUCUAAGACAAUUUUGUGCUUCGAAUUUGACAGGUAAACGAGAUGGCGCUAUACAGCUCCGUACAUUUUGUGGUAACUCUGAUUGUCAAAAGUUGACGUUUGACAAUUCAGUAACCGCAAAACAUAUGGCGCAGUACAGCGCCAUCUGUUUUGGAUGUCAAACUAAGGCACGUUUUUUUCUUAGACUUUACAAUAAAUUA